AUGUAUGAUAAACCUAGAACAUAUGUUUUGCAGGUUCAAGAAAACUCGCCAGCUCAACAAGGAGGACUGGAACCGUUCUUUGAUUUCAUCAUUGCCAUAGGACACACUAGGCUUAAUAAGGAAAACAAUAUGCUGAAAGAUCUACUGAAGGCAAAUGCUGAAAAAGCAGUGAAGCUGGAGGUGUACAAUAUCAAAACCAUGAAAAUAAGAGAGGUGGAGGUGAUCCCUAGUAACAUGUGGGGAGGACAAGGUCUUCUUGGAGCCAGUGUGAGGUUCUGCAGUUUCCAGGGAGCCAAUGAACACGUGUGGCAUGUUUUGGAUGUUGAACCUGCAUCUCCUGCAGCUCUAGCUGGUCUACAGCCAUACACUGACUACGUCGUGGGAUCUGAUCAGAUUCUUCAGGAGUCGGAGGAUUUCUUUUCCCUGAUCGAAUCCCAUGAGGGGAAGCCGCUGAAGCUGAUGGUUUAUAACACUGAAGCAGAUUCCAUUCGAGAGGUAGUUGUGACUCCCAAUGGAGCUUGGGGUGGAGAAGGAAGUUUAGGAUGUGGUAUUGGGUAUGGCUAUUUGCACAGAAUUCCAACACAGUCUGUAAUAUCCAAGAAAAAGCCAGAAAGCAAACCACCUUCACCCUUGCCAGAAGCUGGAACUCCUGUAGCACCUACUGAUGGCUACACAGAGACUCCGUUAUUGGCACCUACUUCUCAGAGUGACAACUCUGAAGUACUUACGAACUUGGAUCAUUCCACAGAUCAAGAAAUAAGUGGCUAUUCACCAGAAAGCUCACUUUCUCCUCCUCCCCCUCUCCAGAGAGUUAUGGAUCCAGGAUUUCUAGAUAUGUCUGAUUCAUUUCCUGAACUUGCUAACUUAAAAGUGUCUGACAUGUCUUCAUCUGCCUCCUUCAACACACCAUCAGCAGAUGCUUUAGUAGGCACUGAGAAGUUAAUGUCAAACAAUGACACUUCUGCUUAUUUUGAAAAUGCCACAGCUUUAGACCCUGAAGACACAACCAUGUGCUCCGAAGGCUCAGUCAAGCAGCCUGAGUUGGAUGACCUGCUGUCUUCAGUUCCAGAGUUACCUUCUUCAGCUCUUCCUCACGAAGUCUCUUCAAACACAACAGCAGAAACUGAUUCCUUUAGCGACGACAUUUUGAGGUUCUUCAACAAUAUUGAGAGCUCCUUAACCACUACACCGGUGUAA